UAUAUAAGUGAGAUUUAAAACAAACAUAUGUGUACAUUUAAAUUAUUUUCAAAAAAUUUAUCAUUGUAAGUUAUUCUAUUUAAAAAUAUUACCAUAAAAAGAUAGCAAACAUUACUAUAUUUUAUUAAAUCCAAGAAGAUCAUCUUAUCCCAAUCAUAAAUUUGUCCUACUCUUCUUUAAGCAAUCAUUAUUAAAGGAAUAAUGAAGUACAUAUUAUUGCUGACAUUUUUAAUUUUGUUGUCACUGUCGAUAAUAUCAUUGGUAAAGGCUGAUAAAAAGAAAGAUUCAGAAGUACAAUCUCGAAAAAGAAUCCCUUCGGCAAAAAGUUCAUUAAAAAAUUGUCUAAAAAGUUAUAAAUUAGCUGAUAUGGUUACAGGAUAUUUUGGAGGUUAUUUAUAUGAUUUUAAUCAUGUAUUAAAUGAAUACAGAGUUCGCUUACUUGAUAAAAGUCUAAGUCAUGAUGAAGUUACAAACCAAAUGGGCUCAUAUAUAUGUGAUAAAUAUACUGCAAAACAAUUAGAUCUUCAUGGUGGAAUUGAUGGGUGCAAAUAUAAAGUAAAAAUAUGUUCACAAAAAUUCCAACAUUACUUGAUUCGAAAAAGAUUGUCGAAAAUCACCAAAUUAUUACAAUUUCUAAGAAUAACUCCGAAAGAAGUAGAAGCAACUGACAAAGAAACAAAAGAAUGAAUUAAAGUUAUACUUGGCAAUCAAAUUCAUUACCAAUUAUAUAGAUUUUAUACAAAAAUGUUUGUAAUAGAUUUUUUUUGUAUUUGAAAUUUAACUAAAAUAAGUCUUAAUAAGCUGAAUUUCCAUAAAAAAAUAUAAAUGUUAUGGCUUAUAGACACAAU